AAAAAGAAGUUACAACACCCAAAUGUAGCUAAGGACUAUAUAAAUGUGGAAAAUUAUCUUGGAAAAGAAGAUGAGACUGUGAUUAAUUUAUACAAUGGAUUAAGGAAUGGUCAACGCUCUAGUUUAGCAAGGGCAAUAACUCUUGUUGAAACUUCACAUAAAAAGAAAAAAAAACAAGCACAGUUAUUAUUGAUGAAGAUACUGCAUGAUAAUAUAGCUGAAAAUACUCAUUCCUUAUCCAAACAGACAACAUUUAGAAUAGGUUUAUCAGGUCCACCAGGGGCUGGUAAAAGUACAUUUAUUGAAGCAUUUGGUAAAUAUUUGACUAGUAAAAAUCAUAAAGUAGCUGUGUUAGCUGUUGAUCCUUCUUCAUCUACUACUGGAGGUUCAUUGUUAGGAGAUAAAACUAGGAUGCCAGAACUGUCGUGUGAUGAUAAUGCGUAUAUACGACCCUCGCCAUCUUGUGGUACUCUAGGUGGUGUAACUAGAACUACCAAUGAAGCUAUAGUAUUAUGUGAAGGUACUGGAUUUGAUGUUGUUAUUGUAGAAACAGUUGGUGUAGGUCAAUCUGAGUUUGCUGUAGCUGAUAUGGUAGAUAUAUUUUGUUUAUUAAUACCCCCAGCAGGAGGCGACGAACUUCAAGGAAUAAAGAAGGGUAUAGUAGAAGUAGCUGAUAUAGUAAUCGUUAAUAAGAGUGAUGGUGAUUUAAUACCAGCUGCCAGAAGAAUACAAACAGAAUAUAUCAGUGCUUUAAAAUUCAUGAGAAAAAGAUCCAAAGUUUGGAAACCCAAGGUGACUAGGAUUUCCUCCUUUACUAAAGAUGGCAUUCCAGAAUUGUGGGAUACAUUGAGUGAAUAUCGUAAAGUAAUGGUUGAAUCUACUGAAUUCACCACACGUAGACAAAAACAAUUAAAAAUUUGGAUGUGGAACCAUAUUAAAGAUAAUAUAUUAGAUGUUUUCUGUGAAAACCAUAAAGUUGAAGAUAAGCUACCAAUGUUAGAAAAUCUUGUUAUGAAAGGUGCAGUAACUCCUGGAUUUGCUGCAGAUCUAUUGCUGCGAGACUUCAUACAGACUUUCAAAUGAUGAAUGUAAAUGAUUGAGAGUUUCUUGCAAUUUGUGAUACCGGUAUAUUUUUUAGAAUGUUGCAAAGUGAUUUGACAGAACUUAAUAUGUUACCUUGCACAUAGAAAUAUUUAAAUGACUGGUGAUUGGAUCAAAUAUUAGAUUUUUUAAUGACUAAUGAGAAUUUAUACUGGGAUAGAUUGGAAAGAGUAACAUGGAACAUUGGAAACAUGUGUCUGGUUCUAUACAUGAGAAUAAAACUUAUGGAGCUAAAAGAGAUCUGUAGAGAUGAAGGAAGGAAAAUUUUUAAUUUUUUGACAUAAGAUUGCAAAUAUUUUGUAAUUUAAGUGUAAUUAAGUAAUUUAUGUGUUUGUUUUGACUACAAUAAUUAUAAGUACAUGUAUCAUAUUAUUUGUUUUGACUAUAAAUAACUCGAAUAAUGAUAACAAUAAAUUUUAAUAAAAAUAAAAUAUAACAUAAUAACG